AUGGUAGCAGUAACCGUAGCUGUAAUAAACCACAUUGAGAUUGCAGACAUAACUGUUCUCUUCCAUGUCUGCGCUUGUGUUGUUACAGGAGGAGAAGAUACAAUGACUGUCAAGAAGUUUGUGUUUGCUGACAGACAUGACCUGACUAAGCUAGUCUGUUUCGUCGCUGCUGCAAAGUUUCAUGGGAAGUAA